GAAGUGACGCACAGCUUUGGUCCGGCGACCGCCCUGCCCCCGCUUCCUUUCACUCUGUCGCUAGCGGUAGGUGGUUGUGGCCACCGUGCCCAGAAGGAGGCGGCGGCGACCAAUGAUGCCUGGGAAACUACUCUGGGGCGACAUCAUGGAGCUGGAGGCACCCUUGGAGGACACCGAGAGCCAGGAGAGGCAAAAGAGUGAUCGAAGGAAGUCAAGGCACCAUUAUGACUCAGAUGAGAAAUCAGAAACAAGAGAAAAUGGUGUUGCAGAUGACCUGGAUGCUCCCAAGUCCAAAAAAGCUAAAAUGAAAGAGAAGUUAAAUGGAGACACUGAAGAAGGAUAUAAUACACUUUCAAAUGAAUUUUCUAAGUCUCAUAAGUCAAGAAGAAAAGAUCUGUCAAAUGGAGAUAUUGAUGAAUGAAAAAAAUCAAAGCGAGUGUCAUCCUUUGAUAGUUCUACUCAUAAGUCAAGUGAUAAUAAACUAGAGGAGACCCUAACACGUGAACAGAAAGAAGGAGCCUUCUCCAAUUUCCCUAUUUCUGAAGAGACUAUAAAGCUUCUCAAAGGUCGAGGGGUAACGUAUCUGUUUCCUAUUCAAGUUAAGACCUUUGGUCCUGUAUAUGAAGGAAAAGAUUUAAUUGCUCAAGCACGAACAGGAACAGGAAAGACAUUUUCUUUUGCCAUUCCCUUGAUUGAAAGACUCCAAAGAAAUCAAGAGACAAUUAAAAAAAGCCGCUCACCAAAGGUACUUGUUUUGGCUCCUACAAGGGAACUGGCAAAUCAAGUAGCCAAAGACUUCAAAGAUAUAACUAGGAAACUCAGUGUAGCGUGUUUUUAUGGUGGAACAUCAUAUCAAAGCCAAAUUAAUCAUAUUCGAAAUGGUAUUGACAUCUUGGUUGGGACCCCUGGUCGUAUCAAAGACCAUCUGCAGAGCGGCCGAUUAGAUCUUUCUAAACUGCGCCACGUUGUGCUUGAUGAAGUGGAUCAAAUGUUAGAUUUAGGUUUUGCUGACCAAGUUGAAGAUAUCAUCCACGAAUCCUACAAAACUGAUGCUGAAGACAAUCCUCAAACUUUACUUUUUUCUGCAACUUGCCCACAGUGGGUAUACAAAGUUGCAAAAAAAUACAUGAAAUCCAGAUAUGAACAGGUUGACCUUGUUGGAAAAAUGACUCAAAAGGCUGCAACUACUGUGGAACAUUUGGCCAUCCAAUGCCAUUGGUCUCAGAGGCCAGCAGUUAUUGGAGAUGUCCUUCAAGUCUACAGUGGGUCUGAAGGGAGGGCUAUUAUUUUCUGUGAGACCAAAAAGAAUGUAACUGAAAUGGCCAUGAAUCCGCACAUAAAACAGAAUGCCCAGUGUUUACAUGGGGACAUUGCACAGUCACAAAGAGAAAUUACAUUGAAAGGCUUCAGAGAAGGUAGUUUUAAAGUUUUGGUGGCAACCAAUGUGGCUGCCCGUGGUUUGGACAUUCCUGAGGUUGACUUGGUGAUUCAGAGUUCUCCUCCUCAGGAUGUUGAGUCCUACAUUCAUCGCUCCGGACGCACAGGUAGAGCUGGCCGGACAGGGAUUUGCAUAUGUUUUUAUCAACCAAGAGAAAGAGGUCAACUAAGAUAUGUGGAACAAAAAGCAGGAAUUACUUUUAAACGUGUAGGUGUUCCUUCUACAAUGGAUUUAGUUAAAUCUAAAAGCAUGGAUGCCAUCAGGUCCCUGGCUUCCGUUUCUUAUGCUGCUGUUGACUUUUUCCGACCAUCAGCUCAGAGACUGAUAGAAGAGAAAGGGGCAGUGGAUGCAUUGGCUGCAGCAUUAGCCCAUAUCUCCGGUGCAUCGAGUUUUGAACCACGAUCUUUGAUUACCUCUGAUAAGGGGUUUGUGACCAUGACUCUGGAAAGCCCAGAAGAAAUACAGGAUGUCAGCUGUGCUUGGAAAGAACUUAACAGAAAACUGAGUAGUAAUGCUGUGUCCCAAAUUACCAGAAUGUGCCUCCUAAAAGGAAAUAUGGGUGUUUGCUUUGAUGUUCCCACAACUGAGUCAGAAAGGUUACAGGCAGAGUGGCAUGAUUCAGACUGGAUAAUCUCAGUGCCAGCCAAGUUACCGGAAAUUGAAGAGUAUUAUGAUGGAAACACAUCUUCUAAUUCCAGACAGAGGGGUGGCUGGUCCAGUGGCCGGUCAGGCCGGUCAGGCCGGUCAGGGGGUCGAUCUGGUGGCCGGUCAGGUAGACAGAGUCAACAGGGGAGUCGGUCAGGAAGUCGGCAAGAUGGUCGAAGACGAAGUGGAAAUAGAAAUCGAUCAAGAAGCGGAGGCCACAAACGGAGUUUUGACUGAGAAUUUGAUAGUUAAUCUACCAGUGUGAGCUUACCUAUUUCUGCCUAAUCAUGUACAUUAUCCACCAAAAAUUAGGUCAUCAUAGUUGAGGUAUGUGUCUGCUAUUUGCAAAGAAGUUGGUCGUAUUUUUUUAAGAAAUAUUUCACAAGAAUGGAUGUAAACAAAUCAACUUACCCAGUUACACCUUUGAAUAAUAAAACCUUUUAUUGUCUCUUUUCA